AUGCCUCGUCGGCACGGUGCUCUAGAUGACUACACGUCUGCUGUUCCUCACAUCAUCCUGUCAACCUCUGAUUCCGACUAUCUUGACCACCUCAUACCUGUGCUCAAAGAUGCUACAAACUCGCGGCGGACGCCAGCUUUGCUGCAAUCCUUGUCUCGCUAUUCCGAAGACCGCGAGGCAGACAUCGAGCGAAUCGGAUUGACCAAGCACGAAGAGUUUCUGGACUCAGUCCACAGGUUGCAGGAAGUACGCGAGGGGACCGUCACUCUCACAACCGAGAUUCUCAAGCUCAACCAGUCGAUUCAAGCCAGCACUGAGAAGCUUGCUGAGCAAAAAGGCGCCCUCGUCAACACCAAGGCUGUGCGCCAGAACAUCGCUGACGCGGCAGAUGCUCUCCGCGAGUCUCUUACAGUGCUGCAUGCCGUCAACCACUCCCACGAACUUGUCCGCCGAAAGAAGUACUACUCUGCCCUCAAGUCGCUGGAAGACUUGCAGAACGAACAUCUGGUCUCUAUCCUUCAGAACCGGUAUGCGACUCAGCAUCGUUUGGCAGAUGUUAUCCAGAAGUCCCUCCCUGCCUCGCGGAGGGCAAUUUCCGAAGCGGUCAUGUCUGACUUGAAUACCUGGCUUUUUCGGAUCCGUGAAACCUCGCAAUUUUUGGGAGAAGUCGCAUUUUAUCAUACCGAGAUGCGGAGGUCGCGGCAGAGGGCGCGAAUCGAGAAUGAGAAGUUCUUGGAGAAUUUCAAGCUAAACUCCUCAAUUGAACUUAUUGCGGAUGAGAAUGAAGAAUUUGACGUGCUCGACAAUGAAGAGUUGCAAGUCGAUUUUACACCACUGUUUGAAGCUCUUCAUAUCCACGAUGCUCUUGGACAUAGCGACCGGUUUCGAUCGGAAUACGCCUCUACUAGGCGUCAGCAAAAAGAUCUUCUUAUCCCGACUUCGAUUGAUCUGCUAGCUGAGGAUGAAUCAUCUCUUAGCAGCUUACUGGAGGGAAUAGCUGGGUUCGCAAUUAUAGAAAAGGCAACAAUGGGGCGCGUGCCUUAUCUGCGCUCUGUGGUUGAUGUAGAAGAACUUUGGGACUCCAUGUGCACGGCAGCUAUAGCCAUCACGACGAAAGCGCUGACAGGUAUCGAUAAUGCCGAAGUGCUACUGAAAAUCAAGGGCUUUAUUGCCAUGUUCAUUCAGACUAUGGAAGGCUGGGGAUACUCCGUCUCUACUCUUGAUAAUUUCCUCUUACAGCUCUUCGAUAAGUAUGCCCAGCUGCUGAAGCGUCGAUUCAGUGAAGACUUUCAAGAGAUUGUUUCCACCGACGACUACAUGCCAAUGGCUAUCAACUCGCUUAGCGACUACGAGAAAGUGAUCAAUGUCAGCUGGUUCACACCAGAUCGACCUACGGAGGAACUUGCAUUCCCAUGUGUUUUACCAUUUUCUCAGAUGUACCCCCUCUGUUGUAUCGACAUCCGAAACUUUCUGAACCAGUUCUACUUUUUCCUUGACGACCACUUUCAGCACUCGGAUAUUAUUGAUGAAACGCUCCGAAAGUCUUUAGAUGAGCUUCUUAGUGAGAAAGUUUGCAAGUCUCUUGUGGAGCGUCUGAGCUCUCAAUAUUUAGGACAGAUUGUGCAGAUUCUCAUCAAUUUAGAGCACUUUGAGAUAGCGUGCCGUGAGCUGGAACAGCUGUUGAUCAGAGCAAGGUCUACCACUUCGGCGGGCGGUCCUUUGAGAUUGAAUGCGACCGAGGAAUUCCGCAACAACAAAAAGACUGCCGAAAAGAGAAUAUUCGAGCUAGUCAACUCAAAAAUUGACGAUCUUGUGGAUACGGCAGAAUACGACUGGCUGGCAAAUGCAGUGCAGACGGAGCCCAGCAAUUACAUGCAAACUCUUACUCGAUAUCUGUCCAACAUUAUGAAUUCUACGCUUCUGGGGCUGCCUAGAGAGAUUAAAGAAUUGAUUUAUUUUGAUGCUCUGAGCCACGCAGCCGAGAAAAUAUUGGCCCUGCCUCUUUCAUCCGAAGUUCGACACAUCAACGGCCAUGGAGUGUCAGCUUUGGCACAAGACGUCAACUAUCUUACCGACUUUGUCGGGAGCUUAGAAAACGGACAGAUGCUACGUGAAAAUCUCGAUGAACUUCAGCAGACUGUAAAUCUGAUGCAGUCGGAUAAUCAUGACGAGUUCUAUGAUAUUUCAAUCCGCAACAAGAAAUAUGGCCGAGUUGACCCCCUCAAUGGGCCGAUGCUACUUGAAAAGCUGACUCCUACCGCACAACCUUCGGCGAGAACUGCGCCGCUUUCCAAUCUGUCUCGCUUCGCCAUCAUGAAAUGAAGCAAACUGUUGUUUACAUGUGUCCCUAGGUCGCAAAAUAUGCCUGAUAUCUUGCCCGCCUGGAGACUCCCCACAUUACUUGGGAGGUGGUAGGCAGAAGAUGACUUGAUCCAACGAAUUUUGUUGUGUCACUGGUCCCAUGCUGGUGGCUCUUCGUCAACUGCCGGUUCAAACUGAAGCGAGCCCUAUUCGAAUUCUUCAGACUGCAUUGGUGCCUAUCAACCAUUAGCAGGGUCAUGUUAAGUUGUGGCAGGAAUGACUUACCUGUUGCGGUUGCAUUGUUGAGUAUGGAUACAUGCCCUCCAUUUCGCCAUAGAUAGCCGUUUGUGGCUGGGCCUGUCCAUAGGCGGCAGCGGGAGGGCCCUGGGGAACCUGGCCAGGAUACAUGUUGGGGGGCUGUCUGUAGUCCUGCUCAGCGCCGAGCGCAUGCGCGUCCAUGUAACCUGCGGUGGCCAUUGGGUGGGCAGACGGAUGGCUAGGCGCCUGAGCCAUGCCUGGGUGCCCGGCCAUUGGUGCCUGGGCGCCACCGGGGACUGGCUGCGCGGCGGAGGGCUGGGUGGUGGUUCUUUUGGCGUGUGCUGUAGCUUCUUCUCUAGGGACAAUGUCGAUGAGGAAAUCAAACAUGUCGGAUUUAGCAAGUGCCGAGGCAAUGUCGGACCGCUGCAGAGUGCGGCGCUUGUUCUCCUCUGCAUGGAUCCAUGCGCGCAUAGUGAGUUCCGUAAUGAAGAUGUCACAGCCCUUGGCGAAUAGAAUCGGUGCUUCGGCGGAAAUCAUCUUGACCUCUGGGUCGGCCUUCAUGACCUUUUUGAUACGCGCAAGGGGCAGCUGGUGGAUCUUGUAAUCGUGAGUGUCGCUUUCCAAGUGGCUGAUUGUCUGCUGCCAGUAGGUUGUUAGGAUAUCCUUGUACUGUCCUGUGAGUCCUUGGUGAAC